AAGUGGUGUGGCCUCAGGAGGAUGCAAGGUGAAAAACAGACAUCAGCCUCUUGCAGUUUCUAUAAGCUCACAAAAAACAUUCACAAUGGUUGCAUGUGGCUGGACAAAGGAUCUCUUUAAUUACGACUCCCCAAAACUGAUCCGUUUUCCAAGUGUUGGAUGUGUAUGCGUGAAGUGGUGCAUUUAUGUAGUUAUUGCCCUGUAUAUUUGUUAUACGCUCAUUGCUCACAAGCGCUAUCAAGAGAAAGAAGAACUCACCAGCUCAGUUCGCAUUAACCUGAAAGGAGUGGCUCAUGCAGACAGGAUCUGGGAUGCAGCAGAAUACACCAUACCAACGCAGACAAGAGACUCUUUUUUUGUGAUGACCAACAUCAUUCAAACAGACAAUCAGAUUCAACAGACUUGCCCUGAGUAUCCCACUGCCAAAGCUAUCUGCUCUUCAGAUCAGUCCUGUAAAAAAGGGAUUGUAGAUGUCCACAGCAAUGGAGUUCAAACAGGAAGAUGUGUGCGUUACAAUGCAACUUAUAAAACAUGUGAGAUCAAGGCAUGGUGCCCUGUACAAAGCGAAGAAAGCCCCCCUGAGCCAGCUGUUCUGAGGAGUUCUGAAGACUUCACAGUGCUUAUAAAGAACAACAUUCACUUCCCCACAUUUAAUUACACCGUACAAAAUAUUUCACCCAAAUUGAAUACUUCCUGCAAAUUCAACAAGGUAACUGACCCACUCUGUCCAAUAUUCCGCCUGGGAGAUAUCCUUCAGGAAGCAAAAGAGAACUUUUCUGAGGUGGCAGUCAAGGGAGGAAUCAUUGCCAUUGAGAUUAAAUGGGACUGUAAUUUAGACAGCUGGUCUUACUACUGCAGUCCAGAGUACAGUUUCCGCCGCCUAGAUGACAAAACAAGAACCCUGUACCCUGGAUUCAGCUUCAGGUUUGCAAGGCACUAUAAGCUUCCAGAUGGGAGCGAGCGGAGAACCCUUUUCAAAGCCUACGGAAUACGGUUUGAUGUCCUUGUGUUUGGCAUGGGUGGAAAAUUUAAUCUCGUUGAACUCUUUACAUUCAUUGGAUCCAUGAUCACCUAUUUUGGUUUGGCUGUGACCGCUAUAGAAAAGUGUUUUUCUUUCUACAAUUGCUGCAGCUGCUGCAAAAUACCCUUCUGUGAAAAUGUAAUCAGGAAGAAGUAUGAGACUGUGCUGAUGCCAGAACAGGUGGUGUUUGUGUCCUAUGUCGAUCAGCCACACAUUACUUUGAUAAAGAUGCCUCUGAAAACAAGCUUGCAGGAUGCUAAGGACAGCGUUUUUGAGAACUGCCCUGUGAAAUUCAAUGAUCCUCGCACCUGCUGCACCCGUGAGUCCAACAUGAACCACAGCACUGGACAGUUCGAGCUCAGGAUGCUCACACAAAACAUUGUCUGCCCCCAAUGGUGCUGCUGCGGCCAAUGCCAGGAGAUGCCGAAUUACCACGAGCAGCUCUGCUGCCGAAAAGAAGCGGGGCAGUGCAUCACAACCACCUAUUGGUUUACACAGCUGGUGCUGUCCAGAGACACUCUGAACAAAGCCCUUCUCUAUGAAGAUCCCUUUCUGGACCUGACAGGUCACAAUUCCAACAGCCAGCUGCGUCGUAUUGCUUACAAGCAGUACAUUCACUGGCGCUUUGGCUCUUUUGAGAUGCAGGACAGAGCCAUCAUCCCGAGCUGCUGCAGGAGGCUGAUUAGAAAUACUUAUCCCAAAGCUAACGGCAACUAUAAUGGUUUUGAUUUGGAAUGAGGAUGCAGCUUACCUUGGCUCAUACUGUGGAUUUUUAACCUAUUUCUUUUAUGUACCUAUAGAAGAAGAAAAAGCAUAUAGAAUUGUAAAAUCAUAGAAUCAUAAAAUUGAUGUUAUAGAAUAUUACUUUCCAAGAUCUGUUAUGCAGCUGAAUUCUUGUGUGCUGUCAUUGGAGAGGGUCCAUUAUUGCCUACUGCUUGGCUUAGACAUGCGUCUUGAGCUCAAGUGCUUUCUUCUGAUUUGGUUUGGAAUUGCAGCCUCUGGGGUGAACUCUUAGUGCUAUGUUUUAAUGAGAAGUUCCAGCCCUUUGCCUUUGCUUUGGUGUGUAUCGAAGUUCCAGAUGUAUCAGGAGAUGAUCAACACCCUAAAGAUAAGGUAGAGUUAAGGAUCUUCUCAAGGCAUCAUCCCUGAAAGAAGCCCAAGAGAUACCACUUGAAAAUGUCAUCCAAUGCAUUUCUAUCCCCUCGCCUCACCACCAUGGAUCACAGUUAAUAGAAGACACUGUGCUUGUAUAUUUGCAACCCACUGUUAAAGGCCUCACAGUCCAUCCAGAUUAAACAGGCUUACUUUAGAUUUCAGUGACACAAAGCAUUUUCUGCAAAUCCCAGCUGUUCUUGUUUAAAUCGGGAAUUACAAUGUAAAAUACUUACAUCA